AUGGCCUCGAGCACCUCUCACCGAGACUCUACGAUUGCGCGUCAAACCGCCCAGGGCGCUGAACCACGACCCCGCAACAUGACGCACCCUCGGAAGCGAGCAGUCACUGCAUUUGACCCCGCGAGCCUGUUGAUCCUCGAGAAGUUGAACGAAGUGCUUCGGAGACUAGACGAAAACUCUGAUCUUCGGUUUCACCACGCGCCCGUAUCCCAUGGUGUGAAGGACAGUAACGACUGUGGCGGUCAUGAAGCAUUUGGAGCAGCGGCGCUAGAGGAGGGCCCGGAAGGCCAAGUUCCUCGAGCUCUCGAUGGGCUGCAUGUUCCAUCAUCAUUUUCUUCUACUGAUUCUGUACUCAAUUGGCCUAUCUUUGAUGGCCAAUUCGGCCCAUGUCUUCUUGCCGAAGAGCUUUUGAUUGCAGAGCACGCGCUAUCGGUCGAGCCAGACAACCCCUUGAAAAUACCCGCAGACUAUGUCAGUCUGAAACGUGGUGGUACCUGUGAUGAUGAUAUACCAAAUCUCGUCAUCAGGUUCUUGCGUCUGGUUCACAUCAAAAAUCCCAUCUUGGACUCCAAAUCACUCAGACAGUUCGCCAGCAGCAUCGCUGAACAUGGGCUCGGCUGGGAUUCAUCGUCAUGUUUAGUGCUAUUGGCAUGUGCACUGGGUGCAAUCGCAAGCCCAUAUGACGCAAGAACAGGACCUCUCGAACAGCACGCUCCAGAUCCUCCUCACUUUGUCGAUAGUGACCGGGUCGCAGCCGAAAACUACUAUCGCCUUGCCCGUCGAAGGCUGGGUCUUUUAGAUCGAAGUCUUGUCGCGGCCCAAUGUUUUCUCUUAUCUGGGAUUUAUCUCAUGUACAUUAUUCGCCCCCUGGAUGCCCAGUCCCACUUCCAUCAAGCCGCGUCUAUUUAUGCUACUCGCGUAAAAGGCCAGGUUGCACUCCAGCGACGGGGAGGUGUUCACGGCCCGAUGCUGGAACCAGCCAAUCGCCGACUGGAACAGAGCUUGUACUGGACCUGUUUCAAAUCGGAAUGUGAGAUCCGUCUAGAGCUGGAUCUCCAAGUAUCAGAGCUUGCCACGCUUGCGUAUCCCUAUAUGUUUCCUUCACCACCGUCUCCCGCGACUCCGGCAGAGGCCUCGCAAGAGCACAGUAGUCUGGCUCUGUCUACACCUCUCUCGAGCUCUUCGUUGCAACAGAUGUGUCAGUCAUCAACGUUUGGCACACUUCAGGAAGUGGAAGAGCAGUCCUGGUACUAUUAUCUCAGUGAGAUAGCCCUCCGACGGAUCGGAAAUCGAGUGUCACAUUACUUCUACAAAGAAGAUUAUGAGUCUUGGUCACGAAUGAACGUUCGUGAGGCUGCGGCGAUUGCCGAGGAUUUGGAAAUGCAACUGGACAACUGGGAGUUGACUGCCCCCACACAAUAUCGAGGGGGGGUUGCAUGGGAAGAAAAGGAUGAGCUUCGAUGCAUGAUUCGUGGACGAUAUAUCGAUAUCAAAUGCCUUCUUUACAGACCAUUUCUGUAUUACGCGAUACAUCACCGGACUAGCGAUUUGGAAAGCAAUCAGAUUAUCGACACACUAGCUCAAAAGGCGCUCAAGAAUAUACUCGAACUAACUGCAACUGUGCCAUUCUAUCACCGAAACCAUGGAACGUGGCUCUCGUGUAGAAUGGUCAGCACGUGUGCCUUGCUCCUUCUCGGCGCCAGGAAAAGCGGGCUAAUUCCAGCCGGCAACAUUUUGCGGGAUUCACACUGGGAAGGGGAAUUUGGGCAUUCUUUCCAAACAUGUCUGGAUAUUUUGAAGUACUGGGAGUCCGAGAGCCCGGAUAUUGCCAAAGCGAGAGAGGUCAUUGCGUCGCUUCAAGACCGAUUCUAGAGAAUUUAUUGCGACUGCCAGGAGGUCCAGUCGGUAUAUUGGCGGUUUCAAGGUUCUAUUUGGGUUUUCAUCUAUCCUGAUCUUGAAAGUAAACAAGACCACCAUCCUUCCGAAUGGUAUCCAUC